UAUUAAACUUGGAUUUCUCUUAAAAGAUCAUCACACUGCUCACACAUCUAAUUCGCAACAAUUACUCAAUGUACUAGAGAAGAUUUGGUAGUGUCUUCGAAAUAUUUUUCUAAAUAUUGUAGAUACAGGUAGGAAAGUAUUAUAAUUUCGUGUACAAGUUAUUUGUAAUCAUGCAAAUACUAUCUUUCAAUUUUUUAAUAUAUACCUUCGCUGGCAUAUGGCGGCCUGUUGAAUGGUUAUCGAAUGGUGCCAAGCUACUGUAUAACAUAUUUACAAGUGUUGUAUUAUUCUUGGAAUACUUUUUGGUGUUAAGUCAAUUUAUGGAUAUCCUGCUUGUGAUCGAUAAUAUCGAUGAUUUUACAACAAAUUCCUUAAUAUUUGCGAGUAUCGUUACUGUCACAUGCAAAGCCACUCUCGUUGUGAUACGCCGGGAUGCUAUCAGUAAUUUGAUACAAGAUUUGUUGACGGCACCUUGUAAACCUCAAAAUGGGGAUGAGAAGAUGAUACAAACGAAAUUUGAUGAGUUUAUAAGAUCAUGGUCUAUAAAAUAUUUUCUUUUGGCAAUGGCUUCUCUUAUGGGUGGAACAAUAAGAUCAGUGCAAAAUGUUAUACAGGGUCAAUUACCCUAUAGAGCAUGGGUACCAUAUGAUUAUAACAUACCUCUAGUGUUCUGGAUUAUAUCCAUUCACCAGAUCAUAGCUGUAAUAUUCGCCACUAUCAUAAAUGUUGGCACGGAAACUCUAGUUUUCGGAUUAUUUUUACAAACGUGCGCCCAGCUUGAAAUUUUUGAAGAUCGUCUACACAAACUGGUAACUAAUAAAACAACUAAGUAUACAGAGCAUUCACUUGUAUCAUCAAAUGAAGAUAAAAUAAUGAUAUCGAAAUAUAUACGUCAUCAUCUCAGCAUUUACAAAUACGCCAAAACGGUAAACGUUAUAUUCAACCAGGUGCUCUUCGUACAAUUCUUCAGUAGCGUCUUGAUAUUAUGCACAACUGUACUUUACAUGUUGACGCAUAUUUCGAACGAAUCUUCAACGCUGGUGGCGUAUACAAUUUGUAUGUUUGUACAAAUUUAUAUUUAUUGCUGGUCCGGAAACCAAGUCAUGCUCAAG